UUGAUAAAUUGGUUCAUCUCGUUAAUAAAACGGUUGAGAUUGACUCGAUAAAUGCAGUUAUUUUCCGAGCAAGUGGGUCCCAUCUCCCAUGGAGCAAGUGAAAGCAUUAUUUCUCUACCAACCCGAACGUAGUCCGCUCAUCGUCCAACCCGUCGGAGGAAACUCUUCCUUGUGUCUUAUCUUUCUCUGCUUCCUCUUCUCCUCUGACCUCCGAGAAGCGGCAAAGAAUGUCCGAAUCUGAGGCCAAAGCACCUCAGCAGCAGCCCUUCCGCCAUUACUGGGGAGACACCCCGGAGGAAGAAGACGACUACUACGCUCAGCACGGCAUCAGAGGCAGCACCUCCUUCUUCAAGUGCCCCCGGGGCCUCUCUCUCUUCACCCGGUCAUGGCUCCCCACGGCGGAUGGGCCGCCGCCGCGUGGACUCAUCUUCAUGGUCCACGGCUACGGCAACGACGUCUCCUGGACCUUCCAGAUGACCCCGAUCUUCCUCGCCGGCAAGGGCUUCGCCUGCUUCGCCUUUGACCUCGAGGGCCACGGCCGCUCCGACGGCCUCCGCGCCUUCGUCCCCGACGUCGACGCCGUCGUGGGAGACUGCCUCGCCUUCAUCGGCUCGAUCAAGCAGCAGUACGCCCAGUUCCAAGGCCUCCCCUGCUUCCUCUACGGCGAAUCCAUGGGCGGCGCGAUCUGCCUCCUCACCCAUUUCGCCGACCGAUUAGGGUUCCGGGGAGCGGUACUGGUCGCUCCGAUGUGCAAGAUCUCCGACAAGGUCCGCCCCAGGUGGCCGAUACCGGAGAUACUGUCGGUGGUCGCGAGGGUCCUGCCGACUCUGCCAAUCGUCCCGACCCCCGACAUCAUGCUGAAGUCGGUCAAGGUCGAGGAGAAGAAGGCAGUGGCUGUGAUGAACCCGAUGCGGUACCGGGGGAAGCCGAGGCUCGGGACAGUCCUCGAGCUCCUGAGGGUCACGGGCCAGCUGAGCCAGAAACUGUCCGAUGUGAGCAUCCCAUUUAUUGUCCUCCACGGUAGUGCGGACGUGAUCACGGACCCGGAGGUAAGCAGGGCGCUGUAUGAAGAGGCCCGGAGUGAGGACAAGACAAUUAAGAUCUACGUCGGGAUGAUGCAUUCCCUGCUGUUCGGGGAGACGGACGAGAACAUCGAGAUCGUCCGGAAGGAUAUACUGUCGUGGUUGGAGGAUCGGUGUAGGUAAAGAGGCAUCCAGUUAGGUACUAAAAGAAUCGUUUUAUGCCCGGUCUAUAUCCCAGAAGAAGAAUUAAUCGGUGUAUGCAAAUGCAUAGGCAUAUGCAAUGCAAUUCUUUGGGGAAAGUGCUCUGAAACUCGUAUUCGAGUUAUCUAGUCCGAUGAUUGAUUUGAAUUGAAGCGACCUUCCUCUCAUCGGUCAUUUAUGCUGUUAGUUUGUGGUGUUACGGUCGAUACUAGUGAAAACAGAAGUCGGAAAACUGAAUUGGCUGCAAUUUUGGAUUGGAUUGGAGUUGAGAAGAAGCCGAUGAUGGCAUGCUCGGGUUCAAUAUAGUAAUGCAGGCUGCAGCAGUGUACGGAUUAUGUUGGAAUGUACGAGGUAUUUAUUGUUAGUUUGAUGAAUUAAUUAUUUGUGUUAGGACGGUAGGCACAUUUGUUUCAAAUGCGGCGUCACGGAUGAUACUCGUGAAAACGAACAUUUGGGAAAUCGAAUUGGCUACUUUUUGGAUUGAAAUGGAGAUGAGGGAAGCUGAUGAUUAGCUGUUCGAAUGUGAUAUUUAGUAAUGUAGUCUGCAGUCUAUAGAUUAUGUCAGAAUAUAGACAUAUUAUUGUUCGUUU